AAAUACCCUUCGCAGCCUAUACCCAUGCUCAAGUACAUUUACGUGUGUCGACAUGGCUUCCGCUCGAACUGGGUGGAUCCUAGUAUAAAGUCUGGGCCUACGGGUAUGAACCGCGAUCCUCCUCUCGCAGCCCACGGCCUCGACCAAGCGGAAUCCCUAGCAGCCUUUCUCUCCUCGCCAUCCAGUACCAGCCCCUACCCCAUCCCUGAGAUCGUAUUCUCCUCCCCUUUCUACCGGUGUAUCCAGACCGCUCUGCCUACAGCACAAGCGCUUGGACUGACGCUUGCCGAUGGCGAGUCUUUCGACGACGAAAACGAAGACGAUGAACAAAUACCUGCAAAAGGACAGACGGGAAAGAGGGGGGAGGCAAAGAGAAAAAGAAAAAGCCGGAAAGGCGUUCACCUCGAACACGGUGUCGGCGAAUGGUACUCCCCCGUCUACCCCAACACCGGCCUUCACCCGCGCCCUUCCCUAUCCCACACCCUUUCUCCACUCUUCCCUCCGGGCAGUAUCAACCCCUCUUACGAACCCACUCUCUUCCCCUCUCGUAAAGGUGAAUCUCUGGAAGCGAUCCACGAAAGAGCAGAGAUAUUUAUCGAUGCGUGGACGAGGCGGGUAGAAGGCGAAUGGCCGGAUGUCGAGUGUGUAGUGAUCUUUGCGCAUGCUGCUAGUAUCAUUGCGCUCGGAAGAGCUUUGACAGGAAAUCGAUCUCUGGAAGUCAUAGCAGGCUGCGCUACCACAUCCCUCUACGCUCGUAAACCCACCGCGUCCUCUUCCUCGUCAUCUUCACUCAAACCAAACCCCGGCUCCUCCCAAUACACAGUCCUCUACUCCGGCAGGCACGAUUACCUCCCCCUCGGUCUUGAACGCGAUUGGUCCUUUGCCGAUGUCGUCCUCACCCCGGACGGGGAAGUUGUAGGCGAUAACGGGGACGGAGAUGGACAUCUAGGUGAAGAAUGGGAAGAAGGGUUGAGCGAGGUUGGUAAGCGGUGGUUGGAAGAUACGAGAUUUGAGAGGGAGAGGGUGAGGGGGAAAGGGCAGAUUGGGGUGGGUGAUCGAGAGAGAAAGUCGAGGAUGUAAAACAAUCAUUUUGAAAUACAAUUAUUCAUUCGUGGUUAUACGGCGAUAUACAUUUUAUACAGCAGAUACAAUAUCAUAUAGGAUACAUCCGGGCUCAUUCAACAGAGGAUUGUGUAUUUGUUGCAUUGUAAGAUGAUUGGAGAAGGUAAAAAUGUAUCUCUUAAC